AUGGCCCCUCAAAUAUGGUUACAAUCAGAGCGUUCUCAAGGCUCCAAGCAGAAAGCCCUCAUAUACUACAUCUGCGGCAACCCAGGCCUUAUCGAGUACUAUACCGACUUUCUCAGCAACCUACGUGGUCUCCUGGAUCAGAUUGAGGCUGAUACUCCCUACGAUAUUUACGGCACGAACUUGCUAGGUUUCAGUGACGAUGACCACGAGCCUUUCCAUUCGGACAACAAACCAUGGGAUCUUGACGGCCAAAUCGAGGGAAUGUACAAUGGUGUUGCUGCUAAGGGAGAAGACUAUGACUUCGUAAUUCUAAUGGGCCAUUCUGUUGGCAGCUUUAUCGCUGUUGAGAUCUUUCAUAGACAUAUGAAAAACCCGGAGAGAGCACCGCAUCUAAAGUUGAGGCAUGGUUUCCUACUCUUCCCCACGCUGACACACCUUGCUCGAUCAUCCAACGGCGUACAAUUCACAUGGUUGCAUCGUCUCAUUCCUUUCCUCGACACCGGAACAGCUCUAUUUGCGCGUCUUGCUCUAGGUCUUCUGAGUGUCACAAGUGUGACAUGGAUUGUACAAAAGCUUCUAGGUUUCACACCCGCGAGCGCAAACAUCACUGCCCGAUGGCUGAAGAGCAGGGACGGCGUGCUACAGGCGGUGCAUCUGGGCUUAACAGAGCUUGAGAUGAUCUGCGAGGAGAAAUGGAGCGAUGACCUAUGGGCUACAGAGGGGGAAGAGAAUGGAGUGCCAAGGUUCUUCUUGUUCUAUGCUAAGAAGGAUCAUUGGAUCGAUGAUGAAGAGAGAAAGGGGAUUAUGGAGAAGAGAGGAGAGAGGGCAAGGAUCGUGGUUGAUGAGGGGGAUAUUCCGCAUGCGUUCUGCACGAGAGAAGAUGCGAGUCUGGAGGUUGCGAGGAAGGUUUGUGAGUGGGUUGAGGAGAUUGAGGGACGCAACAAAGAGUGA